CAAUGACGAAUGGGUCAACAGGUAUCUUCCGGUGCGGGUCCCGUAAUCAGAAAAUAUGGCUUAUUUCAGUGGGAUGAGAAGUUUUGAUAGACGAAACAUAUGAGAUUCCCCGUGUGAUGACCUUCACUGCUUCUUUUCUUCACCACAACCUGCUAUUCUUUCAUUUGACAUAACCCACCCAAAUGGCAGGAGCAUUGGUCGGCGGAGCCUUUCUCGCGGCUUCCUUGCAGGUGCUUCUCGAUAAGCUGGCCUCCCACGGGAUCGGAGACUAUAUCUGGGGAAGGAAACUGGAGGAGGGCCGGCUCGUGAAGAAGCUCACAGUAACACUAUUGUCUGUUGAGGCGAUGCUGCAUGAUGCUCUUAAGAAACGAACUCCCAAUUCAGCCGUUACAGAGUGGUUGAGCGAGCUACAAAGUACUAUAAAUGAAGCACAGAGCCUGUUGAACGAGAUUGCUGCUCAAGGGUCAAACGAUAAACCGAGAAGCAGAUCAUCGAGAAGCAAAGCCAUCCGGGAGAUUCUCGAGAGGUUAGAACACAUGAGCAGGCAAAAGGACGUUCUCGAUCUGAUUGAACUGUCAUAUAUUUUGCCAACAACCUCAAUACCGGUGCACGAGUCAGAUGUAGUUGGGAGGGUGGAUGACAAAGAGGGCAUAGUCAGCAUUCUGCUGUCGAAUCAUAUAGUUGAUGAGGACUCGAUAAAGGUGAUCGGGAUCGUCGGUGUUCCCGGUGUAGGUAAGACCACGCUUGCUCAGCUUGUGUACAAUGAUAACAGAAUGGGAGAGCAUUUUGAUCUCAGAGUAUGGGUGUGUCUUUCAAGUAGACCAGAUGUUUACUCUGUGACAAAGACUAUCUUCAAAGCAGUCACUUCGGCUGCUUGUGACGUUGAUGAUCUUAAUCUGCUCCAAGUUAGAUUACGAGAACAACUGGUGGGCAAGAGGCUCCUACUUGUUCUGGACGAUGUUCGGGGUAUCGAGGAUUGUAGAGAAUGGGAGGUCCUGAGAAGUCCUUUCAGAUUCUGCGCUCUGGGAAGUUGCCUUAUUGUAACUACACGAUGCGAAAAUGUAGCGGGUACUGUGCGGACUCUCCCGCUCCAUCAUUUAAACCCACUCUCAGAUGAAGAUUGCUGGAGUCUGUUCUCAAGGGACGCAUUUGAUGUUGGAUGCCCCGCUGCUGAUCCUGAACUAGAGGCAAUAGGAAGAGACAUUGUCCGGAAGUGCAGAGGGCUUCCUAUAGCUGCCAAAACAUUGGGCGUUCUUCUCCGGGAAAAGCCAGAUCGUGAGGAAUGGGAUAAGAUUCUGAAGGAUGAUGAAUGGGAGUCGUCGCGCAAUAUGACCGACAUUCUUUUAAAGCUAAGAAAAGGAACUAAAGCUCGAAAAACAGUGCAAAAGAGCGGAACCGAACAGGCCACUGAUCGAAACCUACAUGUUAUUGGAAAUAACUCGGUGCCACCGAGUAGGAACAGCAGGUCCAAGAAAGCAACGCUUCCCUUGUACUGUGUGCUUUGGCUCAUCUUAUUGGUGAUUGUGAGCAUCUCGGUCUUCAAAAGUGCAAAUAAGUUUCACACUAACAAGAGGAAUGGAAAGCUGGCCAGCAUGUGUGAUUUACGAGCAAAAAUGCUGCAGGAUCAAUUCGGGUACCACGUUAACAACUCCUUCUCCUUUGUGAUCUUCCUAACACAGGUUCGUAGAAUGCACCGCGUGUUAGACAACGAUCAGUGCGGGGAAGUCCUCCAUAAUUACAUUUCGGGAGCUGAGUCCAUGUUCCCAUUUCUGGGGACAGUAACAUUUGAUGUACUACGCAAUGUCCCCGAUGAAUAUAAGCCUGUCAUGGGAUGUUACACAACCAGAACUGAUAAUCCUUUGGCACCUCUCAUCUUAGCCAAGCAAUUGCAGACGGAUAUUAUGAAUGCAAUAGCCACAGGAGACACUGUUAUAUCAAGGCCAUUCUAUUUCAAGCAGACUCAUCCUCACCAUCUUCGUUUUGCACUGAUUGUCCCCCUUUAUUCUGCAUGUCGAAUCUUCAAUUCAAUGAGGGAAGAGCGCAUUAGAGCAGGUUCCGGGUACAUUGCAAUGGUCUUUGAUUUUGACUCCUUGGUAGAGCACGUAUUCGGGCAACUCGACGGAAAUCAGACGAUCUCAGUGGCUGUACAUGAUGUGACCAACUCCACUGAGUACUUUCUGCUGUUUGACUCUGGAGAUUAUACGAGCAACAAGUUUCAUGUUUAUGAGAACAGGCUUGAACUGGGGGACCCAUUCCGGAAAUAUAAGAUCACAUGUUGGUACCACCAGAAGGCGCCCCUCUCUUGGAUUGUAAUCUCAAUCACAUGCUUAACCAUUGCAAUAGGUUUACUGUUGGGAUGUAUGCUUCUCGGAGCAGCAAUCCAUAGUCUGAGAAUUCAAGAAUUGGAGGCUCAAGCGGAAGCUGUUAAUGCUGCCAGCUCCUCGUUCCUGGCAGCGGCUUCAGGGGAGAUCAAAAUGCCAGCAAACAGCAUCCUUGAAACUCUAGUGCUGGUUCUGAGCACGGAACUGCGAUCACCCCAGAAGGACUAUGUUCGAGUUGCUCAAGAAGGCUGCAAAAGGCUGAUAGAUUUGAUAGAUGAGGUGUCCGACAAAAAAAUCCUGACAUCCUGAUCUGACAGAGUUAAAGUUCAUUGCAUAAAGUUUGAUAAUUGCAACAGGUCUCCAUAAUGGUCUGGACGCGACCUGGUGCCUGUGUAGUAUUAAAUGAAGCAAUGCAGUGAACAUAAAAUAAUAUACGAUCCAGUAGUAGCUAUUGUAUUUCUGUCAUAUCCAUUAUUGCAAAGUAUAAAAGAGUGUAUUCUGCUAUAUUGAUAUUACACAAGAGUGACCUCCUAACAAU